AGGUGGAGGCGGCUGUGGCCCUAAGAUGAACGCCCCUCCUGCCUUCGAGUCGUUCCUGCUCUUCGAGGGCGAGAAGAAGAUCACCAUUAACAAGGACACCAAGGUGCCCAAUGCCUGCUUGUUCACCAUAAACAAAGAAGACCACACGCUCGGAAACAUCAUUAAAUCGCAGCUGUUGAAGGACCCACAGGUGCUGUUUGCUGGCUACAAGGUCCCCCACCCCCUGGAGCACAAGAUCAUUAUCCGGGUGCAGACCACACCCGACUACAGCCCUCAGGAAGCCUUCACCAAUGCCAUCACCGACCUCAUCAGUGAGCUGUCCCUGCUGGAGGAGCGCUUCCGGGUGGCCAUCAAAGACAAGCAGGAAGGAAUCGAGUAGUGGCCUGGAAGGAGCCCUGCUCAGCCUGGGGGCCC